CAUGUUGUUUUAGAAAUGUCAUUCCUGCCAUUUUCAAAAAGGAUAUACAGCUUCUGUCACUUCUUCCUGCUUGUUUUCCUCCAAAUUUUUCCCAUCCUGUGUCCUGCUGGAGCUUUCUGGAACAAGGUUUCUGCACUGCUUCCCACCACUGACUGGUUUUCAGUAGUGCAUGUGUACAUACAUUGACACUUCCUUAAGCAUUGUAUGUUGUAAUGACCACAGUUGAUACCUCUCGAGUUGCCUGUUGCAGCUUUGUGCUAAAGUUUAAGUCUAUUUUCACUUAGUACAGAGGAACCAUGUAUGCUUUCAGUGGGCAGUAUGUGGAUACAGAUACAGACUUAAUCAAAAGGACAAAGCUGAGACUUAAAUGGUACUGAGUUGUUGAUUUGUUUGGAUGGCCUUGAGGAAGUUGGAGGGAGGGGGUUCCACGACUUCUAUAGGUGAAGUACUUCACUAUUGCUCAUUUUAAUAUGUUCCCUUUGCUAUUUUGAAGGUGUUGGAGCUGUGAUCUUUCUAGAAUAGGCAGUCUAGUUCCUCCCACUAUUUGUUUCUUCUGUUUGAAGCAGUGUAUUUGCUGUUGCUUGCAAGUUGAGGAUUACUUGAUAGUACCUCAAAGGCAUUUGGGUGAAAAGGCACGUGCAAGUUCAGGCUAGCAGUGGAAGCUCCAGACUAUAACAGAUGUACAACAAAUGAGUCCUUGUAGUUGUUCCAUGCUAUAUUCAAAAUUCCUGAUGUUCAUGUGAUGAAAGUUUAGAAUGAAUUUCGUUUUAGGCUAUAUCCUUUGGUUAUCAAGCCUACAUAUCAUGUAUUGGGAAAAGGAUAGGAAAGCCUGUAAGUAUCACAUACGUCCUGUAACAAUUUCACAGUCUGUCUCGGAAGACUGGUUGCUGAUCCUUCACAGCAUGUAUUUUUCUAAUACUCAGUAUAUUAUCUGUAUUGUAUCUCAAGCCUAUUACGUUGUGCUUUUUCUGCUGCUGAUUAGUGAGAAUAAUCUGUUCUUGGCUCCUUCAGGAAAAAUACUUCUGUAUUCUAAGCUGGGUACUAUGGCUAGUUAUAUUUCAAAGAAUAACAUUUUCUUGUAAAUGCUACUUUCUGAACCUUUUAUUUGGUAUCCUCUAAAUAAUGCAGUUUCUUGAGGUAUGAUUGCUACAGUGAAUUAUUAUAGUAAACUGUAGCAGUGCAGCCAGUUUGGUUUAUUAUAGAUUUUUUUUGAAUGUUUCUUUGCUUAGGCAGUAAACUAUGUAGCAAGAGGUGUGAAUCUUGGAGGGGGUGUGUGUAUGGAGGUAUGUGUGAACCUAUAAAUGACAGAAUAUCUUGUUACUAGGUCUGAGGUCAUGAUCCCUUUCCACUUGCAGGUACCCCUAAGGACUUGUCCCUUUGGCUGUGGGGAAACUGCCUGGCAGUAAGGCAAGACUGUGGGAAUUUGGCUAAUUUGUAUUUACGUGGUUGGAGUGCAGCCAGUUGUCACUGAGCUCUCAACUCCUUUCAUCUCCGUGUCACUAUUGCCUUUCUAGCCUGUGAGCGCUUCACAAUGGCUUCUGAGACACUGAGACUCUGUUUCUGGGUAAAGAAUGCAGACUAUAAAGUGUGUAGUUGUUGGAGAUGGUGCUGUGGGAAAAACUUGUCUUCUCAUCAGCUACACCACCAAUGCCUUCCCAGAAGAGUACAUCCCUACUGUGUUUGACAACUACAGUGCCCAAAUGACUGUUGAUGGCCGAACUGUUAGCCUGAAUCUCUGGGACACUGCAGGCCAGGAGGAAUAUGACCGCCUGCGCACUCUCUCAUAUCCUCAAACCAAUGUAUUCAUCAUCUGUUUCUCCAUUGGUAGCCCCUCUUCCUAUGCAAAUGUGAGGCACAAAUGGCAUCCUGAAGUUUCUCACCACUGUCCAAAUGUUCCCGUUCUUUUAGUGGGCACGAAGAGAGACUUAAGAAAUGACCUGGAAACAGUCAAAAAGUUGAAAGAGCAAAGCUUGGCUCCCACUACCCCACAGCAGGGAACUUCGCUGGCUAAACAAAUUGGAGCAGUCAAAUAUUUGGAGUGCUCAGCAUUGAAUCAGGAGGGUGUUCGUGAGGUGUUUGCUGAAGCUGUGCGUGCGGUUCUGUAUCCUGUGACAAAGAAAAACACAAGAAAAUGUGUCUUACUGUAGUUACCUGGAGUGAUGGAGUGUCAAAGUUGAAUACUGACUAGAAUCUUGGAGGGCUCUUUAAUGAGUUAAAUUGAAGAUUCUCAUCUUGCACUAACAGCUCUAAGCAGAAAUGCUUUAUGCAACGAAUAUUCUUGCAGUCUUAUUGCUUCAGGGAAACUGAAACAGAGGUUUUUUUUCUAGCUGAGAGGUCAAAUAUCUACUUUAUUUCUAAAGUUCCAGUCUCUAGCUUCUCCAGGGAUCACUUGGCUUUUGUCCUUAUUCUGUGAGGAAAAUAAAAGAAGGUACUUCUUUGAAGCCGGACUUCUUUACUAGAUAGACAUCAGUUACUAGAUUUGUUGAAAAGCACAGAUUAUGAUAACUUUGCUCUAAGUAUAGCUGCUGCUUUUUCCAUCCCUUAUUUUACUGAUCUGUUUUACAAACAGAAGUCCGACUAUGCAGUUCUUUUGAUUUGUCAAUUUAAGUCUUGAAAACAACUUGUUUACAUGCAAAAAUGCCUGAAAUAUUUCUGAGAUUCACCUUAGAGUGAACUGUGAUCAUUUAUAUGAAGAGUUAGCAUACGGUGUGUUUAAUGUAAUGAGCAAGACCCAGGGAACACCUGCAGUGAUUUUAUUAAUAGAAGUAGGAACUGAUUUCUCCUAAUGUACAGAAUUUAGGAUAAUGACGAAUCACUGAAAUGAGCAGUUUUCAUACUUUUGAAUUGGAGAGGUGAAAGAGUAGUUUAGAUGCAAGUCUUUCAUAAUAACCUAAAUUGAGUUUUGAUUUCACUCUCCAAAGAGAUUUUGCACCUUGAGAAUAAAGUUCAGUUACCUUCUCAGACUGCCUGAGGUAGUUGCAAUGACACUUCUCAAAAUGAGAUUUUCGGUGUGAUACCUUUCAUGAAUCCCAGAGACUUGAUAGCAUUUUGCCAUUUGCUCUUGAGGAAUUCAUUGCUUUACUUCUUACUGUUCUUGGGCCACCACCUGAGAUUUUUAUGGCAUAUUGCUUUGUCUCUUUUCUGGGAGAACACUGACAGAAAAUUUGGGGGUUCUGUUUACAGGAACCAGGAACGCUUGUUUCUUCCUGGCAACUCACUCGUGGUUUCAGUUAAAUUUAUAAUGGUUAGUCAGUCACUGAAUAGAUUUACUUGGGCAGUUUUUUUCUUUCUAGUAGGUGAUCACUUAAUAUAAACUGUUUUAACUGAAGUUCUAUUUACAUCCUUUUUAACUUUGCUGAGCGUCUCUAGUGAGUGGCAGCUGGCUUUUACUUUCAGGGUGCACUGUUCUUGAUGUGUCAUUCUGGGACCAGCUGAGGAGUGAGUGCAUGAAACCUUCCUUAGACUUAACCUUACAGCUUGGUGGUAUGAAAGCAGCAUGCUUCAAAGCUACUUUGUGUGAAACCAGUGGUGCUGGACUGAGCUUUGUUGUCUGAGGUUGACAGUGCUGUCUUUGUCUGGGUGCAGCCUCAAUGGGUAAUUCAGGACUUGCUUUCUUGUGAUUCCCACACAUGCAAAAGUGCACUGGUGUAUAUCCUGGACAGAAAAAAAGCCUCAUUUUAGCAUGAGAACAGAGAGUACAUCAAGAAGGGUUUAGGGAUAUUGUGUUAAUUUGACCUUGCUUUAUCUGAUACAUGCAAAAAUACCAGGUGGAUAGAAACAUUCAUAUUUGUGCUCUAAUUCCCUUUCAGGAGGAUGUGCCCUUCUUCAGCCGGUGUAACUGAUGCUCCAAUUUUUGUGUAUCUGAGAUACGCUUGUAUUGGUGUUGCCUUAGCAAACUGCAACCCAUAAUUUAUAAGCUGCAGUUAAUCCAAAUGCUGAUAUAUGUGUCUAGUGAACCAAUGCAGAGGUCCAAAUGUUGCCUUAUUGCAAGCAACACCAAAACACCUGUUAUGUAUGUUUGCAGAAGCCUAGGGACUCUGCGUAUUUUUCUUCACCAAGUGCCAUUGCACCUCUUGCACUCAUGGAAAUGCUGUUCCAGAUGUGGCUCCCAUUGCAGUGCCCUGCAGGCUUGUGAAGCUGUAGUGUUUUAGUUAGGUAACCUCUACUCACCAUGUUCUGCCUUUACUUUAGUAGUAGGCCUUUACUGUGGGAUUGACUUGGAGGUAGUAAUUAACUGUGCCUUGUAAUUCAAGAUUAUUUUCUGUAGGUAAAUUUCAGUAACUGCAUAAAAAGGCUUUAUCGUGUUUACAAUGUAUUUAUGUAAGCCAGUGCACAUGGGCGUUUUUAAUGCUAGUCAGGCAUAAAUCAACUGUCUAGUCACCCCAGUGCAAGCCCCUUUGCUUCAUUCAGAGAUGUACUUCAAAGCGUUUGUGACGUUUGAACUGCUCUUAAAUAGACUUAAUUUCAACAACAGGCACCUCUUCCACCCCCCCCCCCUUCUCUGCUACAUAUAUUUGCAAUUUUGUACUGAAACUACUACUGUUUUAAAAAGUUUUUACUUUUUUACAUACUGAAAUAUUUUAGGUCUGCAUAUUUUGUGGUUAUUCUGAACUGGAUGACAGUAACUCUGUGGAGAAGAAAUCUUGUGAGCAAGUAUUACUACACACCCCUCCUGUUCCUGUAGACUCACAGAGCAGCCAACCUGGUGUUAACUGGAAGAGAGUGUAUUGAGAUAAAAUUCAUCUACUUAAUCAAUUUAUUUGAAUUGAUUACAUUAUCCUAGAACACUUUAUCCCCAUUUAGAUUCCUUACUAAAUGGAUCACACAACAGUACGGAGGAGAACAACAUGAUAGUGAUGAAAAUGAGCAGAAGGUGAACUUUGAACACUCUCAGAAACUUUAGGGGAUUUGGUGUACCUCAUUAACAGUUGCUUAGGUGUCAUGUGUUUCUGUUGAUUUCUGCCAGGAGCAGAAGCCCUGCUUGGCUGACAGCUCAGCUGGUUUUCUCCAGCCUCUGCUCCUCGUGAGGAAGAGCUUCAGGAGCACACAGAUACAAUGAGCUUUUCCAUUCAAUGGGCAUUCUGAGUUUGUGAUUUUCCUUUCCCUCGCUGCCUACAAUUCUUGAUGCAUUUUAUUGUAAGUAGUCCAGUGCUUUGGUCUACAGUCUGUUCUGUGCCUUCCACAUGUUGUUUUGGUUUUUCUCCAGUGGACGGGAAGCAAAUACAGAGUUCACACAAUGCCACAGCUGGAUUUUAUCAAAUUUUUGGUUUUGUUUUAAUCAAGAACAUUUUGGGAGAUCAGAAAACACGAGUUAAGCUGUGUGGGUUUUCUCUACUGUUCAAGAUUCCUCAGUUUGUUACUGGUAGGAAUGCAGUGUGUAUGUCUUCAUUCACAGAAGAGACUCUCUAUGAAGAGGCUGAUUUCAGUUUUUCAGUGCAUGAAUGAUUUCUGAAAUAAGUGGUUUUUUGAAAUAUAGCUGAAGCCAUGCACAAGGAACUGAGCAGUACAGGAACCGUGUGACCAGAGGAUGAUGCAGGGUGUGCUCAGAUGUGUACAAGUGCUUUCUCCAGUUUACGGCGGAGCUAUUUCUAUGGAACCUAAGGGGGAAGGGCCUCGCCGUGCUGUCUCCCAGUGCCGAACCUUGCUCGUGGUGCUGCCUGGGCAGACCGCGAGGAGCCAAUGGACCGAGGAGCGCCCAUCGGCGUCGGGAGCUCAGGACUCCAAGUGUGGUACUGAUACAUACACUGGCGACUUGAUUUUAUACUAUAAACCUGUAUUACAGCUAACAGUUUUAAAGGAUUUUUUUGUUGUUUUUGGUUUAAAUUAUGCAGAAUUAUGUUGCAAUAAACAUUUUCUCCUCUUUC